AUAUUGAUCAGGUCAUUCGUGAAAACUUUCUUCUCGCGUUUGAGGGGACACAGGGCAUCUUCGGUGGCUCGCACUGAUACGUAGACCGGCCAGCCUCCUCCGGGCCGGAGAUGGCGAAGCAGCCUAUAAAGAUCGAUUGGGAGGCGAUUCUUCCUGAGACGCGGGACAACGGCCCGUCUCUGGAGGUCGAAGUGGUCCCCGUGGCGCCGCUGCAAGGUUCGGAGGUCGCGAGUUUCUCUGAUCAUUCGUUGCUGGGACCGAUCCAGCGGGUGAAGAAGCUUCUUGCGUCGGAGGUCGGACAGCGGCUGAGUGACGGCGGCGCCAAGUUGAAGGCAUCGCUGUGUCAGAUGGAGGCGGAACGCGAUCGAAGGAAUCGUGCUCGUGACCCCAAGGAUGCUGGAGGAUGCAGUACAAUCACUCAGUCAAAAAACACAGAAUCCCCUGUUAAGGAUCACAAUGAAAAUCCUAUACAAUCAACGUUUGCUGCUAAGUUUCUAGAGAAGUUAGAAGGGAAGGCAGAUGCUGCAUUUGAUGAGGACUUGAAAGUUAUCAAUCAACGCAAGGACAUUGGUUCUAGGAAAAAUGUGCUUCAGAAGAAUGGAAGAGGGCAUCACUUUAUAAUCACUUCACAAAAAACUAAACAUUCUUCCAAACAAACACCUUUCAAACAUGUUGGCAGAUUUGUUAAGUUGAGCUCCUUGAGUGCUGACCAUGGGGAUCCAUGUUCUUCCAGUCGUCUGAAAGAGAAUUAUUUCAAUUACAAACGAAAGAGGAUGAAUGCUCCAAGCAUUAAGGGUAGGAAUUCAGUGGCAACGAGAUUACAAAAGCAGGUUAGCGAAGUUGUUCUUUUGGAUGAAGAAGAAACUCAUCCUGUACAGCCAACAGAAGAUAACUCUGAUAAUUGGACGGUGGUAAGUGUUUAUUACCCUUCAAGGGAUGAUCCUGAAUCUGUAGAGCUUUCUUACACAGAUAUAGCAUGUCUAGAGCCUAAAUCAUACUUGACAUCUUCCAUAAUGAAUUUUUACAUUCGGUAUCUGCAGAUGCCCCUAUCCUUGGUUGAUAGACCAAAAGGAUACUAUCAUUUUUUCAAUACAUACUUUUACAAGAAACUUGAGGAAGCUAUUUCACCCAAGGCUAGCAAGCAAUGCUUUGAGAAACUGAGGAGAUGGUGGAAAGGUGUUGACAUAUUUCAAAAGUCUUACAUCUUCAUUCCUGUUCACCGAGAUAUGCACUGGAGCUUGGUGAUUAUCUGUAUACCUGCAAAAGAAGAUGAAUCAGGUCCAAUUGUCCUUCAUUUGGAUUCACUGGGAAUUCACAAUAGCUAUUUAAUAUUUGAAGUCAUCGAACGCUGCAGAUAUUUGAAAGAGGAAUGGAGUUACAUGAUCCAAAACUCUCCUCCCCAAGAUCCUCCUUUUUCAGAUAAGAUAUGGAAAAACUUUUCACGUAGAGUUGACAGAAAAGUGAUCACGGUUCCCCAGCAGAAGAAUGAAUAUGACUGUGGCCUUUUUGUGCUCUACUUCAUGGAGAAGUUUAUUGAAGAUGCACCUGAAAGAUUUAGAAGGAAAUAUCUCCACUCUAUGUUUGGUAGCAAAUGGUUCAAACCCGAGGAAGCUUCUGGAUUGAGGAGUCGGAUUCGAGGUCUGGUCCUCGAAGUAUUUGGCUGUGCUAUGCAUGAGAAUGAUAAAGCAAAACCACCAGCAUAUUCCUGUGAGCCACCUGAAGACGAUUGUUUGCAAUGAUUUGAUCCCUUCAUUGAACUUGGACUAGUUAGUCAUCUUGAGAAAUUCGACUGUGAACAGCAUCGUAGAGGCUGUAGAUAGUCAUUGGCUAAAGCCGGCAAACUACCAACCUGAAGUACUAGGGACGUUGGUACACCUACCAAAAGUUGGCUCAGCAAAGUAUGAAGUUAAACAAAAUAGUGAAUCCGACCUUGGAUGAAAAUUGAGUUGAAAAUUUGCCGUUUUAAGAGAACCCUUGACAUGCUCCAUCAUCGGAUGAGCUCUCACAUUUGUGAAACGAGGCUCUUUAUCAUGGCGGGAUGUAUAUUCUACUGUCAAUUUUGCACUGUUUUGUUGCUUCACUAUAUGCUUCGUAGAUUGUGAACAGAGAAUUGUGUGCAUGUAUAUAUUCGUCUAGGCUAUGAAGGGUCUCUUCCGUCUAAUUCCUUGAAGAGAUUUUUGUAGCCUCAAUGUUGAUCAGAAUGCUCCUAUCAUCAGAAUACAGCCUUUUGCCUGGUCGUUCAUAGAAGAUGAAAACAUAGCAGAACAAUUAUGCAUGUAAUUACAUUCACAGUUCCAGAGAAAGGAAUACGCAUGGAGAUUAAUGUUUUUAUAUCGUGAUUUAAAUAGAGACAAACAUAGAACAAACUCUAGACGCAUUGCCAUAAA